UACAUCUCAUUGAUUGAAGCUCAGUGUUUCCAGUCGCCAUUCAUGUUAGCUUGGCAAUAUGAAUAUCUUGUGUAUAGAAAUUUGAAACUUCCAUUUUAAAUGGUGGGUGAUGUGUGCGUGUGUGUGUGUUUUUUUUUACCUUUUUUUUUGUAGUUCCCAAUUUCCCAUUAUUGAUUAUUCUGCACUAUUAUAUGAGUGAAUUUUAUUUGAUGAAUGUUGCAGCAUUUGUAAUUGCAGAAUGGGUGAGUCUGCUGAAAGAGUCGAGGUUGAGGUGGUAGGGAUCGAACCUAGCACUUCCGAGGUUGCUCCAUGGGGAUCAUUGGAGCAGAAGAGUGUCGAAUGCUCAGUAGAAAGGAAGAAGUCCUUACGAGCCCGUUAUUCAUAUGGCAUUAUUUUUUUGUUUAUAAAUCUUGUUGCUUGGCUGGUUCGUGAUUACGGACAAAGGGCUUCCCCUCAGCUCCAUUAUCUAAAAGCUUGUGGAAUUGGGGGACAUGAUUGUUUUCUUACAAUGGGAGUUCUUCGUGUCAGUUUAGGAUGCUUCAUAUUUUUCUUUGUAAUGUUUCUUACAACAUGUAAAACAAGCAAGUUGUAUGAAGCUCGCAGUGCAUGGCAUUCUGGAUGGUGGGCACUGAAGUUCGCGAUAUUGAUUUUCUCACUGGUAGUUCCAUUCUUUAUCCCAUCAGAUUUCAUUCAAUUAUACGGUGAAUUUGCUCGUGUUGGUGCAGGGAUUUUCCUCCUCCUCCAACUCAUAAGUGUCAUUGAGUUUAUCUCAUGGUGGAAUAAUUACUGGAUGCCCGAUGAGAUAAGGAAGCAAAGUUGUUUCCUUGGGUUAUUUAUGUCAACGCUGUUCUACAUUGCUUCUGUAUGUGGAAUUGUGGCGAUGUACUCCUUGUAUGCCCCUAGUCCUUCUUGCUUUCUCAACAUGUUUUUCAUCACAUGGACUGCAAUUUUGCUUGUAGUUAUCAUGGCUAUAUCUUUGCAUUCAAAGGUGAAUCGAGGUCUUCUAUCUUCGGGGAUUAUGGCUUCUUACAUUGUUUUCCUCUGCUGGUGUGCCAUAAGAAGUGAGCCUGCAAUUGGGAAAUGCAGCCCACAAAAGCAAGCAAAUGGACAUAGUGAUUGGACUACUAUACUUGGCUUCCUCAUUGCUAUAUGUGCAAUUGUCAUGGCAACAUUCUCCACGGGAAUUGAUUCACAAUCGUUUCAGUUCCGAAAAGAUGAAGUUCAACAGGAGGAUGACAUCCCAUACAAGUAUGGAUUCUUCCACCUGAUAUUCUCCUUGGGAGCCAUGUAUUUUGCUAUGUUAUUCAUCAGUUGGAACCUAGACAGUUCAACAAGGAAAUGGAGCAUUGACGUCGGCUGGGCUAGUAUGUGGGUGAAAAUUGUCAAUGAGUGGUUUGCAGCGACCAUUUAUUUAUGGAAAUUGAUUUACCCAGUUGUGAAACAGACCAAAGUCAUGGAUCAUGAAGAUCCUGUGCAGCAAGAAGAAGACUCAGCUUUUCCAUGACAUUAUCUCUAUUCCCUUUUUUUGGUGUGAUUGUUAAUUUUAUUCACUCAUUAUUGGAGAUCUCCAUAGAGUGUGGUAUUUAAGCCUCGUGCAAAUGUAAAAAAAUAUUAAUAUCAAUCUUUCUUGAUCAAUGAAGCAAAAAUAA